AUGAAGCGCUUUGAAUUUAAACAUUCUUGGAAUAAAUUAUUUCAAUUUAUUGUGGUGCUUUCUUAUAUUAUAGGUCUUGGUAUGUUUGACAGUCUUCAGUCGAAAACCAUUCACAUUGAACCGAAUAAAACAACAGUGUUAAACUGUUCAACAUCUAAAAGUAUACCAAAUGCAAAAGUUCAAUGGAUGAUGAAGGAUGAAGAUGGACUGGAGAAUUUUGUCCACGAAGAUCGUAAUCAUGUGAUAGAUGACAAUGGCAACUUGUAUUUAAUCAAUCUUAAUUGGAUUACCAGUAAAACGCUGACUUAUACAUGCGUUAUUAACAAUCCAAUUCUACGUACAAUGAAAACUGGUCCACAAAUAAAAUUACACUAUUCCAAUGCAAUUUCAGUGUCUAAAGAUUCAUUGAAAUUCAAGUUAGAAGUAGAUAGACCAAAAAUUCUUUUUCAUUCUACCAAAAGUCAAAUUGUUCUUGUCAAUGAAUCAUUGUCAAUUAAAUGUAUUGCUCAUGGAAAUCCUUUACGAGAAAUUCUUUGGGAAUUUAUGCAGAAAGUCAAAUCAAAUAUGAAUUAUCAAUUGUAUAGAAAUGUUAAACUGUUACCUGAAGAGUAUGGAGUACGUAUUAAAAAUCAUGGUACAGAGUUAUACAUUUCAAAUGUUAAAAUUAUUAAUCGUGGAAGUUAUCGUUGCAGCGUUGUCAGUCUGGACUCUGCCAUUCCAUUUGUGGAUAAUCCUCAGGUUGUAUUUGAUGUAGAUGUGGAAAGCAAACCUCAUUUCGCUGAUCAACCUGAGAAUUCUGUUGUACCAGAAAACAGUAGCAUUGUAUUACGAUGCAGUGUCGAUGAAGAGAUUACAAAGCCACCGGCAUCAAUAACUUGGCUAGUGAAUGGGGAACCAGUUGAAAGAUACUUGGAUGGUUUGCGAAAAUUAAGUCGUAAUAAUGUACUAUUUCUAUACAAUUUAACAGUCCAUGAUUCAGCAGUGUUCCAGUGUCUUCUAAAGAAUAUACACGGUUCGAAUAUCGUCAAUGCCUACAUACUUGUCUGGAAUCAACCGCCUGCAUUUAUAAAUGUUAUAGAAGGUACACAGUAUAUUUCUGAAGGUCAACAAGUUACCUUAUUCUGUGAAACAUUCGGUGCACCUGAGGCUGAAGUCACCUGGUUCCUGAACGGAGAGGAUCUGAGAUCGGUUUACAGUCUGGAAAGCGACUACAAAGUGGAAAAGGGGAAUCUGGUAAUUUUUCGUUCAAAAUUAUCACACAGUGGAAAGUAUGUCUGUAAAGCAUCGAAUAUAUUUGGUACUUCUAAAUCAUCAGGAAAAUUACUAGUAAGAAGACAGACACGUAUUCUAUCUGGUCCAUUAGUUGAACAAUCUUUCAGUGAAAAAGUUAAUCAAAGAAUUAAAAUGAAAUAUCUCACAGAAGGGUCUACAGUCAGUCUUGCUUGUCAAGUUGAAACAGAUCCAAUGCAUGAACUACAGCUGAAAUUAUUAUGGAAGAAAGAUAACAUAACACUACAGGAUGCUUAUCAACAUGAUGAACGUUUCAAUUUAUCUUCAAAUGGUAAAAAUGUAAAGAUUGUUAAACUGAAGCCCAGUGAUUCUGGUGUAUAUAUGUGUAUAGCCAACACACCACUGGAUAGUGCAAACUCUUCUAUACAUCUCGUCAUACAAGGUCGUCCUGAUCCUCCAAAAUAUUUGAAACUUCACUGUGACUAUCAAAGUAAAUUGGCACCGUAUAUAAUGUUAACAUGGCAGAUAGGCGAGACGAACAAUGCUGACAUUAAAAGUGCUUUAGUCACUUACAUUACUGGAUAUUAUCGUCCUUUAGAAGGUUAUUCACCAACAGAAGUGAAUCCUAUUCAACCAGUGAACACUGAAAAUCAUCAAAUAAAUAAGUUUAAACGGUACACCAAGAAUGAUAGCAUGAGUAACGCUCAUUUACCCUGGUUAAACGAAAGUUCAUUAGAAACCGCUCAAAUGAUUGUUAAAGAAGCUAUCCUGAAAGAUCGGUGGAGUUCAGCUGAUCUUGUACCAGAAUCAGAAAUCAUUGAACAUAUCAAAACAAAUAAUCAGUCACUAUCAGAUAAAGAUGGUGAUAAUAAUAAUAAUAACAAUAACAUCAUAAAUCUUUCAACAUUACCGUCUGGAAUUGGACGAGCUUUUGUCCAUUUGAACGCAGAUGUUAUUUAUCACUUUCGUGUUCAAUUGAUAAAUCAUAUUGGUAAAUCUUUACCCAGUGAAAUUAUCCCCUCUAUAUCAGCUAGUGUAAACGAGUUGUGCAUCCUACCGCCGACACCAACUUCAGUUAAUCCUGAUUAUCUUCUGGUCUAUGGAAAUGAACCGAAUAAUUUAAUUAUUCAAUGGAAGCCUUUAGAUCCUAUUCUACACAAUGGUCCAGGAUUGACGUAUCGUCUAACAGUGAAAUGUUUAGACUGUGUUAUCGGCCCACCGAAAGAUAUUCAUAAUGUGACAAUUGUUAAAAACUGGUCCAAAGGCAAACUGGAAUUGACUGAUAUAAUUACAACUCAGGUAUCUUUUACAAAUAAAAAGAUUAAGAAAACAAAAUGGAUUAUAGAAACAUUUCGUACUUAUCAGGUAACAUUACAAGCAGAAAAUUAUUUAGGCUCUCAAAGUUUAACACCGUUAGUAUUUACCGGACGUUCAGGUGAAGAUGUACCACAAUUGUCACCGAGUCAAUUAAAAGUAUUAAAUAUUAGUUCAAACAAUAUUUUUCUCAGUUGGAAACUUGUCAAGGAAGCUGAUUUUCCAAUAAAAGUUAAUGGUGCAUUUCAAGGAUUUCGUGUAGAAUGGUGUGAUGCGGAUUUAUCAAGUGAUUCAUGUGAAUUUCAUAAAAAUUCUCAGGAUUAUAUUCUGGAGAAACCUCCAACAUGGUCAUUUCCAAAUUUACGUCGAAAAUCUACAACUUCAGAGCAUAUUUUACUAGAUAAAAUGGACAACAUGAAUAAUUUAGACUUGUCCACGGGAUUCAUUUCUACACCCGAUCAAAUACAAAAUGAUGAGAAUUCGAGUAUUAGAUUAGAGGAUAAUGUGUAUAAAGCGUAUCUAAAUGAAUUGCCCGGCAAAUCAAAAAUAAAAAUUUGGGUUCGUUUACUUAAUAUUCAGUAUGCUGGACCUGUGAGUGAUGCGGUAAUUGUUGAAACCAAGGAAGGUGUUCCUGGAAGGGUGUCUGAGUUCGAUGUCACAUUUAUUGGUGUAAAUCACGUUGAAGUAUCUUGGAUUAAACCGAUGAUUUUGAACGGGAUUUUAAUUUCAUAUGAUUUAGAAAUCUACUUGAACAACUUUACAGACAAUGUACAAACACUUACAAAAGGUUCACAGAUCAUUUCAUCGGUAACUAUUGAAGAUCCUGAACAGUGUGCUACUCGAAUAUCCGGUUUAAAAAUGAGCACUAACUAUACAUUAUACAUUUGGGCUAGAACUUCCGCUGGACGUGGUGAACCGAAUUUCGUGAAUUUUAGAACAGCAACUUUAAGCCAAGAUUUCGGCUUUAUUCCGUUCAAAAUAAAUCCCAUUGAAGGUCAGGUGAAUGCAGUGAAUUUAACGUUAAUAACACGACUGCCAUCAGUGUUACCAGCAUCUUCGACGUCUACCUCAUCAUAUGAUUUAGAUGAUUCUGAGUUUACCACAAAUGAUAACACUGAUUCUACAACAAAUUUAUUUAAAAGCAAACCAAAUAUUGAUCAAUUUAAUUCAGAAAUAAAUCACAAUGUUAAAAUACCCAGUCGACGUAAAUAUCAAACAAUGUUUUAUGUACAAUUUCGACAAUUAGGCAGUAAUAUAUGGGAAGAAACACAAAGAGAGAUACACAACUCAUGGAUUGUUUUGAAUAACCUUCAAAAAGAUUGCCAAUAUGAAGUUCGCAUAGUACGUGUUUCAGAGUCUGGUCGAUCAACAGUCAGUGGUUCAAAAAUUGUUCACAUCCCAUUUACAGAUAAUCUAAGCAUGAAUAACAAAUGGAGAGUAUUAUCGAAGCAUAAUCGAAAGCUGCUUUAUAUCAGUCUUCUGUGUGGAUUAUUUCUAAUCUUCAGUCUUAUUGGUGGUCUUCUCUUAUUUGUCUAUUGGUUUAAGUAUAAACCAAAUACCUGCUCACAUGUGAUUAGAGAUAUCCAUCCACCACAGAAUACCAUUAAGAGAACACAAUUACGACAACAACAACAACAUCAUGCUGACCAGUACCACGAUCCACAUCCACAUUGGAUGUUGAAUGAAAGGAUUUCUAUGGACAAUAGUGAUUAUUUAACAAAUCAUAUGAUGAAUACCAGCAACAUUAACAGUUGUAAUACAACAACAGGCAAAUAUCCUCUAGGUUUAUGUGUGUGUGAGUCAGAUGGAGUUCGUAGUAGUAGCGCUAGUAGUAAUCGUAUUAUUACUCCUAUACCUACUAAUAGUAAUAGCAAUAUUAAUGAUAUCAAUCAGUCUAUACCACUAAUAAAUAGUACAUAUAUUACAGAUUGUGAUCCGCUUGUAAAUAAUUGUAUAACAUUUCUUAAAUUACCACCACACUGUCAAAGCAAUUCAUUUACACCACCCGAAGAAAGUUUACUCAACCGCAAUAAUCAUAAUAAUUACAAGUAUACCCAUAAUGAGAAUUUAAUCACUUGCAACAGCAACAAUAAUACGCCUAUAACUCAACAAACCUAUGCAGGAAGAUUGUUAAAUCGGCUAUGAGUAUACCGGUGUAGCUUUUUAUACUACUUUGAAUAACUAUUUUUUUUAAAUUUUAGCAAUUUUUUUAAAAUAUUGAUGAAGAGCAUUCACUUACACUUUAUAUUUAGGAACAGUAGGG